CAUGAGGAACAACAUUUUGCACUGUACCUGAUUUCCCUGUUUCCAAAAGAUGUUCUUGACAUGCAGAAUGACCUCUACCAGACACCUUUACACCUGGCUACGUAUCUGAAUCAGCCAGUAGUUGUUCAAGCCCUGGUAGAAAAAAAGGCCUGCUUAGAGUUACAGGAUCAGGAUGGCAACACGCCUCUCCACGUGGCAUGUGCCCAAGGAUACCUGGAAUGUGCCGUGGAGUUAACAAGAGAGAAUGAGCGCUUGCUUAGCAAUGUAUUGAAGAUGCAGAACUGGAGAGGUAUGACUUGUAUCCAUGUAGCAACACUCCAGGGAAACUAUCGAUUGAUAGAACUCUUAAUGAGGAAGAAAGCAAAUAUCAAUGCUCAGGAGGGCACCAGUGGGAAGACACCGUUGCAUCUUGGUGUGGAGCUUCAUGACCAGUCCCUCGUUUCGCUGCUGUUGAAGAAGGGGGCUGACGUAGACAUGGUCAUGUAUAAUGGCUGCACACCCCUGCAUCUGGCCGUUGGGAGACAGGAUGCCAGCAUUGCCAAUCUUUUGUGCCAGUCUGGAGCUGACAAAUUAUUGAGGAACUUGGAGGGUGAGACAGCUCAAGAUCUUGCAGAUGGAAAUGAUGAUAUACUUGCUCUGUUUCCAUUCGAUGACAUACAGAUUUCAGGCAGAUCUGUGGUGAACUUUUGAAGUCAAAACAUGAGAAGGAAAAAGACUUUAAAAACAAAAACCAUAAUUAUCCAAAGUCACCACAGAGCUCAGAACGUUACUUUUGUGGCCCUGAUUGAAUCACUUUCGCUAUGAGAAGUACUGAAGGUGACACAGGAGGCCAAUGACCCAGGAUGUAUGACGGCUUCUGGGCUGAUGUUGUUUUUUUUAACGUUUGGGUUUAAAUAUAUGCUGUGGUUAUCUGAAGAAAGGGGGCCAGUGAUGAGGUAACUAGUAAGAAAUACUGUUUUUUGUGUUUAUUUGAUAAAUCCAUGUUUUUUCAGUUACAUUACAUAAUUAAGGUAGUGUCAUAGAAAUGUUUUAAUUAUAGUACAUGUGUGGGGACUUCUUAGCUAUGGCCAUUUUACCUAUUGGAGGAGUACAGUUGUUGCUGAUGGUAAGGUGUUGGGUUAGGCCAUGCGUAGUCAAAAGGCACCCUUCCAUUCCAGGCCAUCGUCCCAACUAUGUUCUUCAUUGGUUAAUUAAACUGUCCAGGUCCUUAAGUUGUAACUAUUUAAGUAUACCUAUUAAACCUGGAGUGGAAUCUUGCCUUUACCAGAGUUAGGCAAGUUUUAUUUUUACAAAAUGUCUAUUUCCAUUUGAAAGAAAAGUUAUUUAGAAGCCUUUUUUUCAUUUUUUUGCAAAUGCUGUUAACACUUUAACAGCUUAUUUAAAUUAUGUGUUCUUCUCUGCCUGGGAAAAAGAAGCAACAGUUGUUACCCUGUCACAGCAAAUUGUAACUAUCAGCAGCUUACCCUUUUCGUAGGGCUUGUUUCUUUGCCAGUACCAUUCCAGUUACAUGUGGCCUCUUGUUUCUACUAUGCCUUUAUUAGCGCAAGUCAUUUUUAGUGGCGAAGGGGGUGUUUUAUGUGUGUGUGUGAGUGUUAAACAGAGAUUAAUAAACAAAGAAGAAUCUUA